ACCAAUACUCGAGCAUCUAUUGGCUCGCUCUGUUCUUGGAUGUCCUCAGUGUUUUGGCAUUGUUGCAAUUCAGGGUCACGAUGGCAAAGACAACCCCUGAAUUCUGGUUCGAAAAGCAUAAAAGGCUGCGCCCGACAUCGCGUCUCUGGCUCCAGGACCACUCAGUUCUCUUGUCUUUCAAGCUUGUCAAUCGCUCAGACACAGGCGGCUACUAUUUGAAGGUUGCAAAAACCAAAUCUAGAUGUAUCUGCACCAUUUUCUGGCCACGCAGAUAUUUAUGGCUGUUUUGGUUCAUGGAGAACAACUCAGACCUGUUCCGGGCGAGGAAAAAUGCGUCGAAAAAAGCCUCGUGUAUCUAACUCUGCCCGCCCUUGAUUUACGCAAGGAGUUUUCAAAACCUGCAACACUUGACGAUUGCCGCAAUCAAUGUAUUGAACAGGUCAAGAAAGAUUUUACCAAGCCACCGAAUUCCAAGCUCUUCUGGUGUCUUUCAGACCCUCCUUCAGUCCCCAUCUCUGUUUUACUCAUUGAAAAGAUGAACUCGGGAAAGUGCACUUGCCAGUAUACGUUUCACUUUCAACAGCUAACAUCGUCCUGCGGCAUCCGGGGCCUAUUCAACCGAUUCAACAGUGUUGCACAGCAAUUACCAGGUGCACUCACCCGGCAGAAACCAGUCUACACUCCCCUUAAUGGAGGGAAAGUCGAAUGCGGAAAGAUCACCUAUGUAGAGGGCCCUGUUCUAAACAUUGAUAAACAUAACUGAAGGAUUGCACUAGUUGAUCUAGUUUCUUAUCUCCUGGUCGAGUUCGCGUCAACUAAUGAUCCAUCUUUAUCUCCUCUUCAUAGCAGCUCGACAUUUUUCGACAGCAUCGUAUUCAGUGUGAGUGGCCACUAUGCAGCUGUUGAGUAGCUUUCAAUGUGUUGUUUCGCUCAUAUGCGUACGACUUGCACGGCCGUCACCAAUUCGUUAUUUGCGGCUCUCGAAUGGUCACGCAUGUGGAAGCCAGCUCAGUGCUGAAGUAAACACAAGACAUCUGACCUCAUCUUCGCUGUCAGCCAAUCCGACUCCAAGAUCAGUCGUAUCGCGCCCGGCCCC